CCAUUCAGCGCCAUUUCCGUGUUUUGGAAGGCGAUGUGUUGCUGGAGACCUGAGAAGACCCUGUGAGGACCUGCUAGGAUGGGGCCAGCUUGGCUUUGGCUGCUAGGAACAGGGGCCCUGGCCUGCGUUCACUGCCAGCACUUUUCUGAACAUGGAGAUAAGAGGCUGGAGGUUCCUCGAGGACCCAGUGGCCCGCUCUCAGAGCCUGUCCCAGCCUACCAGACGAUCACACCCACCAUCACCAAUUUUGGUCUGCGUUUAUAUAAGCAGCUGGCAGCAGAGAGCCCUGGAAACAUCUUCUUCUCUCCAGUGAGCAUCUCCACCACCCUGGCUCUGCUCUCUCUUGGGACCCAAGCUAACACCUCAACUCAGGUUCUGGAGGGCCUGGGCUUCAACCUCACGGAGACACCGGAAGCCGAUCUCCACCGUGGCUUCCAGAGCCUCCUCCACAGCCUGGGCCUGCCCAGCCCCAAACUUGAACUGAAACUCGGCACCUCCCUUUUCCUGGACAAACAACUCAAACCUCAGCAGAGAUUUCUGGACAGUGCCAAGGAGCUGUAUAGUGCCUACGCUUUCUUGGCCAACUUCUCAGAUUCCACAGCGAUGGGGAAGGAGCUCAACGAAUACGUCAGAAAGCAAACGUACGGGCUGGUUUCCAACAGCUUGCAAGCCUUCUCUCAGGACACACUCGUGGCUCUCCUGAACUUCAUCUUCUUCAAAGCCAAGUGGAAGCAUCCUUUCCAUCGCUACCAGACGCAGAAGUGGGAGCGCUUCUUUGUGGACGCGAGGACGGCUCUCCGGGUCCCCAUGAUGCACCAGAAGGAGAUGCACAGGUUCCUCUAUGACCAGGAGCUGGCCUGCACCGUCCUGCAGCUCAAGUAUAGUGGGAACGCCUGGGCCCUGCUGAUCCUUCCCGACCCGGGCAAGAUGGCACAGGUAGAGGCGGCCCUGCGACCAGAGACCCUGAGAAAAUGGGACCAGCUGCUCCUGCCCAGCCUGCUGGAUUUGCACUUGCCCAUGUUUUCUGUCUCGGGAACAUAUGCCCUGGAGGAGGUCCUGUCCAGGAUGGGUCUCACCGACAUCUUCAGCCUCGAAGAGGACUUUUCGGCAAUCACCGGACUGCUCAACUACACCGCCUCCAGGGUGUCCCACAAGGCAGUGGUGGACAUGAGCGAGAAGGGGACCCAGGCCGGGGCUGCCUCCAGCCUGCUCUUGCAGCCCCAGGCCCCGGCAGCCUCGGCGACCGCAGCAGGGACAGGGCCCCACGCCCAUUUCAACAGGCCUUUCCUACUGCUGCUGUGGCACGUGACCACCGAGAGCUUGCUCUUCCUGGGAAAAGUCAUCAACCCAGUGGCCGGGUGACCAUGAUGGGGGCCAGGGGUAUGUCAUCUCCUCCCCUUCUCCCCUGGGUGAGGGCCACCCCCUCUGUGUGCAAAGUGUGAAUAAAGUCGGCCUGGGCCUUGUGA